UUGCGAAAAUUAAAGGAUGAUAGCGGCUGCGUUACACUUCAAAUAGCUGCAUUAGCUGGAGAAUGGACAGAAGGUUACGUCAUCAAAAAGCACGAGAACACCCCUGAAGCGGUUCUUGUCUGUGCUAUAGAUCAAUGCCAGACUAGCUUGGAGACUGCUGGAGGAGCUGGAGCUGGAGCGGAAGCUGGAGCUGGAGCAGCUGCUGGAAGUGGAGCUACGGCGGCCACUCAACAGCCUGAUUCUAAUGGAGCGAUGGCAACCGCCUCAGCUCAGACUUCGAAUGGCGCUUCUGCUACAGUUGCCGGACAACAAGGGAAUGCCGUUGGCUCCAAUGGUGCUACCGCUACCGUACAACAAGGAAGCAAUGGCGCAAUGGCUGUAGGGACUUCGACAGUUGCACAAGGAGUUAAUCCAACGACACAAAUUCCUGAAGGAGCCGCUGAAAGCAUGACAACCGUCAGAGAAGCUGCAGCUCGAAAUGAACUUGAAUCGAGUGGAAUGGAAGCUACUAAUGAAACUUCACUAUUUGCACCAGCAGCACGUGCCGUUGAUGCUUUGCCUGAAGGAUCUGGAAGCGAAGCAAGUGCUGAAGGUGCGGUGCCAAAGGCCGAAGGACAUGACACUGAACUCCUGAACACCGUAUCCGGCACCGGCGUUGAGGGUGAAGAAGCUUCCGGACAAGUCGAGGGGCAAGCUGCUUCAAACCUAACCGCUGCGGAAGGAGGACCGACUGGCUCACAAGCGACUUUAGCCGCUGGAAUGGCCAUGGCAGGCUCAACACCAUUACCUUCUGGGAUACCUGAAGAAGCAGGCACGACACCAACAGUCGAAGGGGCUGAAAUUCCACAGGCAGGUGUUACUGGGGAAGGAGUACCUGCAGCACCUGCAGCAACUGAAGCACCUUCCUUAAAUGCUACUGUAGGAGGUGCAGGAAGUCCCUUAGUUUUAACCAAGACGCAGGAUCCCGUAGUUUUGAACGUUUUGAAAAAUGGUUAG